GAAGCACGAUGACACCUCCAACCUGUGCUUUGCAUUUCAUCUGUCUGUUCGUGGCAAAUAUGGCUCAUACAACGCUCUUGAAAAAUACAGCAUUGCAUUUUAAACCAGCCCAUGUUGGGGAAACUCUGACUUUUGAAUGCCAAUGUGAAGACAAAUCAGCAGUGAUGCUUUACUGGUAUAAGCAAACUUUAGGAAAUAGACCACAGCUGAUGUCUACAUACUACAAGCACAGUCGUAAUGGUACUUUUCAGGAUCCGUUCAACGAUCCCCGUUUUUCACUGCUUACUGGAAACUUACUGAAGAUAUCAGAUUUGAGAACUUCAGACUCAGCUACUUACUACUGCGUAAUGAGCAAUUUAUAUGACUUUAAAUUUUGUGAAGGCACAAUUAUCAGUGUAAAGGGUUCAGAUCAGAACAUCCGAGCUUUAGUCUACCAGUUGUCAUCUGAAACCCUACAGCCAGUGCACUCUAUGGUUCUGAACUGUACAGUACAACCUGGGACCUGUGAUGGAGAACACAGUGUUUACUGGUUCAGAAAGUCUGAAGCAAGUCUUCCAGGAAUCAUUUACACCAAUGGAAGCAGGAACGAUCCCUGUGAGAGGAAACCCAACACACAAAGUAGCACCUGUGUGUACAACUUGCCGAUGAAGAGCCUGAAUCUUUCUCAGCACUAUUGCGCUGUGGCCUCAUGUGGACACAUACUGUAUGGGAGUGGGACUGCAGUGAAGG